AUGUGCGGGGAUAGGUGGCUUGGUCCUCGAGGUAAUCAGGUCCAGAAUGUGAUCUUAGAAAAUUUGGAAAAGUACAAAAACAUGGAGACAUGGAGGAAACCACCAGAGUUAGGAAGUUUCAAAUGCAACACUGAUGGUGCUUCAAGGGGAAAUCCUGGGCCAAGUUCUGCAGCCUUUUACAUAAGAAAUCAUAGUGGUGAUCUCAUGUAUGCAGGGGGAAGGAGACUAUCGGAUACUACAAACCUUAUUGUUGAAGCUGUGGCAAUUAAGGAAGGGGUGAAAUAUUGCAUUGAUCAUCUUUUUCUGCCAUUGAUAGUAGAAACAGACUCCUUGACAAUGCGGAUGAUUUUAGAUGGUAUAUGGGAGGUUCCAUGGAGUAUUUCACUAGUGGUAAAGAGGAUCCAACACUUAAGAGAAGGAAGACAAAUACAAGUGAUCCAUUUUCUGAGAGAAGGGAACUGCUUGGUUGAUUAUUUCACUAACCUGGUUUUUGAUUUUGCAGGCACUGCUAUGUUUGGUGAGAAGUUCACAUUGUUUGUUACUAAAUACAGCAGCAAAUACAAGGCUAGAGGAAUGCUUAUUGAGGAUGCAUAUGGUCAGAACCUGUCUUACAAGCGCACUGCUUCACAUUCUACAUGA